AUGGCUGAGCACGGUGCUCGUCGACGCAUAGUGGGUGGAGGUCGACGACCUUUGCUCGGUGCUGUUGAAGAUGCGCUCGUUGAUCUGAUCUACGAGAAACGCAUCAGAAAAGAGAAAGUAUCGCGAAGUUGGAUCGCGUUGAUGGCUUUGGAGCUGUUUCACCAGAGCCGUACCGAAGAAAAGCACGAAGAAGACCCCAUUCGCUUCGUGGCGUCAGAUCCCUGGAUCAACAACUUCAUGUCCCGGAACAAUCUACCGCUUCGUGAGCGCACCAAUCUGAUGACAUUGACGGACGAUGUCCUUAUCGAGCGUGCUGUAGCAUAUAUGCAGUUUUUGGAGGAACACAAGCCGCAUAAAUCGCGAGCGUACCAUUCUGAUGGACGAGACUGCAACCCACGGGUUUGCUUCCAUGUCAUGCGGAUCACCGUCAUGGCUGUUACUGCUACUGGUAAAAAGUUACCCCCGUGCCUCAUCUGGAAACGGAAGAACCGCGGUUCUAUUGAGCGCCUUGGAGGCUGCUACAUUGCUUACCAACCUCGUGCAUGGGUGGACCAGGACCUGUUGCUGAACUGGCUGGACUGGUACUAUCCUACCGUGUUACAAAGGACAGACCAGUACGUCGUGUGGGACUCGAUGCGUGCCCACAUUGAGAAUCGCGUCAAGCAGCGUUCGGGAUAUGUGGACAUUUACAAGUCCUUCAAGGACAACAUCUCUCAGCUGAUAGACGAGUGGAAAUGCUCGGACAAGGUCACGUACACGGACGGUGGAAAUCCGCGCCCACCAGAGCUCGCUUUGGUUUCAUCGUGGGUGCUCAGGCUUGGAAGCAGACUCCAGUUGAAGUUGUCGAAAAAAUUGUACAAGUCUGUGGCUUCAAUGAUGACUCGAGUGCCUGGCGCAUCACCAAACACGACGUCUACGGCUCGAAGUUCAGAGCUGCGUGGCAUGUACGCGAGAGCGGGGACUGUGGUAGCGAUCAUGAGAACGAUAUUGCUGCAGUCAUGGAGACGUUUGACGAGAUCUUGAUUGAAGAUUACAGAUACUCUUAUUCUUUCUUAUUUUUCCUUAGGCCUAGAACAAAGGACUAAAACAACAUCACUUCAUUCCCUUCUCGGCAUUGGCAUUGACCGA